AUGGCUCCUGAAUUACGGACAAGGAAGGCUUCGGCCUCUACCCAGAAGCCCACGGCCAAACCCAAGGAAACCGGAGCAGCCAAGCGCAAAGCCGCCGAUGAAGCCAGCCCGAUAGCUCCCAAGAAGACCAAGUCCGUGAAGCCUGAAGUGGUCUCCAAGAAGACCUCCAAGAAGUCCAAGCCAGUCCCCGAAGUAAUUGAGACUGCGCCGGCGGCCGCAUCGGACGACGAGCACGCCUUCUCUGACGAAGAUGAGGACCAAGCUCUAGCGCUUGCAGGCGUUUCCGACAGCGAGGACGACGAGGCAGAGGUCAAAGACGGCGCCGCUUUCAAGGAGGGCCAGGACGUCGGAAAGGCACCCACGCCAUCGAAGGAGGUUGAGAAGGCCGCAAAGGACGGCAAGGGCAGCAAGGACGGUUCGGCUGUCGUGUACAUCGGCCGCAUUCCCCACGGAUUCUACGAACACGAGAUGAAGUCAUACUUCUCCCAGUUUGGUGACAUUACGAGGCUUCGCCUCUCGCGCAACAAGAGGACAGGCGCCAGCAAGCACUUUGCUUUCGUCGAGUUCUCAGACGAGAGCACAGCCGAGAUCGUCUCGAAGACGAUGAACAACUAUCUUCUGUUCGGCCACCUGCUUAAGUGUAGGCUCGUACCAAAGGCUCAAGUCCACGAGAGUCUAUUCAAGGGUGCCAACAAGAGAUAUAAGGCCAUCCCCCACAAUAAGAUUGCCGGCUACAACCUCAAGAAGCCGCUGUCAGAGGACAAGUGGGCAGCAAAGAUCGAGAAGGAGAACGAGAAGCGGGCCAAGAAAGCCGAGAAGUUGAAGGCGUUGGGCUACGAGUUCGAGGCGCCAGAGCUGGCGACAGCAAUUGCACCCAAGGAAGUCGAGGCUCUGGAGGGAGAGGAGAAAGAUGCGCCUAAAGCCAUCGAAGCAGCGCCCGAGGCCUCGGAGCCAGAAGAGGAUUUGGCAGUGAAGAAGCCGGCAAAGGCCAGCAAACAGGACGGGGCCAAGGCAGCGAAGAAGGCCAAAAAGCCCAAGAAGGCGAAGGCGUGA